AUGGUAUCGCCAUCCCUGACAUUCUCUGCCUUCCUCAUCUUGGCCUGCGCUGUAGAAACAUCCGCAAGUCCAAGUGGCAACGUUGUCAACGUCGUAGAUUUGGGAUAUGCGAAGUAUCAAGGAUCGCUAAAUUCCACUACGGAGAACACUGCGUUUCUUGGGAUGCGAUAUGCUGCGCCUCCUACAGGGGCAUUACGUUGGAGAGAACCGCAGGCACCUGCCACAACUAGCGGGGUACAGCUAGCCAACUCACAACCAAAUCAGUGCUACCAGAGUACCUUUGGGGUGGCCCCUGCAUCUCCAUUCAGGAGUUCCACGGUUUCGCGUAGAGACACGCCCAUCUCUGAGGAUUGUCUUUUUCUAAAUGUUUGGGUUCCCGGGACUCUCCAACCAAACCGAAAACUACCAGUCGUUUUUUGGAUUCAUGGUGGUGGUUACACUUUAGGAAGUGCCUCCGGCUCGUUCUCCGGCGUGUUCGACGGAAAUGAUCUCAUCAAGGAAGCUGGAGGAAAUGUUGUCGCUGUUGUCAUACAAUAUCGACUAGGUGUGCUUGGGUUUUUAUCGAGUUCACAAAUCAAGGCAAAUGGAGCGUUGAAUGCCGGUCUUUUGGAUCAACAAUUUGCCCUGAAUUGGGUGCAACAGCAUAUCAGCAAAUUUGGAGGGGACCCAACGAAGGUUACCGUUUGGGGAGAAUCCGCAGGAGCUGGUUCCGUCAUCCAACACAUCGUUGCGAACGAUGGAAAUACCUCCCCUCCACUUUUCAGAGCUGCAAUGACGAGCUCUACUUUCCUACCUUCGCAAUAUAAUUAUAAUGAUAGAAUUCCACAAUCGUAUUAUAACAGCGUUGUCACCCAAACGAAUUGUGGUUCUGUAGCCGACACCCUUAGCUGUCUCCGCAACGUCGACGCGGCAGUUCUCCAAGCUGCAAAUAUGAACAUCGCUGCGAGCGUUUUCUUCGGCACAUGGGCCCCACAGCCUGUCGUUGACGGAACGUUCAUAACUGAUCGGCCUAGUGUCCUCCUGAGAAAUGGAAAAACCAACGGAGUGAAAAUGGUACUUUCGGUAGUAAACAGUCAUGAAGGCGACGCCUUCGUGAAUCAGACUACGGCUGCUACCGUACAGAUCCCCAAUUACGUCGCAAACCUCUUCCCAAAUCUCGGAGCAAAAGACAUUACAGCGGCCGCUCAGCUCUAUCAAGGUCUUGGAAGCAACAUAGAACAGGCAAAUCUGAUUGCGGGAGAGUCCAUUCUCGUUUGUCCCACAUAUUACCUCCUCAAAGCUUUCAGCGGAUGUGCGUUCAAGGGCGAAUUCGCCGUCCCCCCCGCACUCCACGGGGCUGACGUUUCCUACUACUUCCCAGGCUCUUCGCUCGUCCCUACAUCCGUCAACGCUGACCUCCAAACCGCAUUCUCAGGUGGAUUCCUUGACUUUGUUCAGAACCUUGACCCAAAUGUUAAAUCGAGCGGCCCGAACAUCACGCCUCGCUGGAAUACGUGGAGCUCGCAGCAGCACAAUGAGAUGCUGUUCAACGUGACGGUGGCAGGUGCGGCGCACAUUCAUGCUUUCCACACGAAUGCGGGGCUACUUCAACGUUGCGCGUUUUGGGAGAGCAUUGGCGCGUCGACGGCUAUUUGA